AUGAAGUGGAAGUUGCAGACAUCAGUCUCUCAGCUAUGCAUCAUUUUGUUGAUUCUCUUGACUGAAUCAUCCCAAGUGUUGGCAUCCUUUUGUGCCACGGGUCCUUUUGCUUGUAAUGAAAGACAAGGCUUGGUUGUGCAGCGGUCUACGAGGUCCACACGGUACAAGAUACAAGCUGUCUCUCCAGACAAUAUCCCCAGUGAAGUACAUGUAGAUACGGUCCAGAUACAGAAAGCUGAAGCCUUGGAACUCACACACUGGACGGAAGUCGCCACUGCAAAGUGCCAGGAAUGGAUUCAAGCCGUGGAUAUCAAGCAAACUACUACGUUCUUCCUCCUUGUUACAAUCUUCCUCUUGGGCGUCCGUCAGAGACAACAAGGCAUUGAAUUCGGAAAGGCCACGUCGCAGCUCAAGAUUGAUCACCUCAAAGAUGAGCUCCAGACAGCAAAAGACAGUGCCAAGAGUGAAGAUGAGCUCAACGCAGGGAAACUCAACGAAUUGCACUCACAGAUGGAUGAGUUGCAAGUGCGGGUUGGGACACUCGCUGUUGCUGCUCAAGAAGUGACACGGCAGCUGCCACAAGAAAAGGCCGAUCCAAAUACAAAUAGCAAAGCUAAAAACCUUCCAAGGAGGAAAGCAAAAGCAGAACAACUAUCUUCCAGUUCUAAAAAGAGGUCAGAGAAAAGGGGCGUCUCGCCACCAAGGGCAGCGAAAGGGUCCAAGGCUUCGUUCGCAGAAUCUGACAAAGAGAACACAAAGAAGAAGGAGACGAAACCAGCAAAGGCAACAGGGGCUGCCAAGGCAACAAGAGGUGUAGAGGCGGACGGGAAACCCGAGACGAAGGAAACUCGGAAAGUUGUAGCAAAGAACCAAACAAAGACAACAAAAGUGACCUCCAACAAGACGAAGGAAGCUACAAAGCUAGAUUGGGCCAGAUUGGCUCCAUCCACUCUGAAACGAAAGACUGUGAAAGAACUAACGGGCUACUUGGAAAAGAAGGGGAUUCAAGUAAAAGACGAAAAUGGGAAAACGUUCAAGAAAGACACCCUUGUGCACUUGAUACUAAAUGCAUCAAAAUAGGUCUCCAAGCUGCUUGCUCGAUGGAAUACCGUAUGUCAAUCAAACCUUUCCUCGCAAAUCCCAUGCCAUGCUCACUAGCUGUACUUCGUGGUACAGUCGUACGGGUACUUGUUGCCGAAGCUCUGGUUCCCUCCCUACUUCCUGUGAACCACGGAGCAUCACAAGUUGAAAGGCAAGAAGAACGAACGCAACCACCUACAUGGCUUCGCUACUUGCUUGACCACACACGUGUUGAUACCGGUACCGGUAUGGUACCAGUGUACCGGCGA